UUUUUUCCAAAAUGGAAAGUCAUCUAUUGCUUUGCAUUUUAUUAUUGAUUCCUGCCUUUGCAUCAUCAGACUUUUUGGUAGCACAUGUCAGAAACGUUAAGAAGCGAAAUUCUGAUAAUGACUUGGUUGUCAAUGGGAUAGAAAUAUACAGAAUGAAAAUUGAUAGCAAAGUGACUUCCCGAUUUGCCCACAACGUCAUCACCAGUCGAGCUGCCAAUCGUGGAAAUGCACACAAAGAAGUCUUCUUCGAUGUCGAGCUCCCCAAGACAGCCUUCAUUACCAACUUCAGCAUGACAAUUGAUGGCAUCACUUAUCCUGGAAAUAUAAAAGAAAAAGAAGCUGCCAAACAGCAGUAUGAGAAAGCAGUUUCAAAGGGACAGACUGCUGGUCUUGUCAAGGCUUCGGGAAGGAAAACAGAAAAAUUCACUGUUUCAGUCAACAUCGCAGCAGGCAGUAAAGUCACUUUUGAACUCACAUAUGAAGAACUACUGAAGAGGCAAUUUGGAAAAUAUGAGAUGUUCAUCAAAGUAAAGCCGAAGCAGCUUGUCAAAGAUUUUGAGAUUGAAGUAAAUAUCUUUGAGCCACAAGGUAUCAGUGAGCUGGAAGCAGAAGGAACAUUCAUCACCAAUGAUCUGCAAAAUGUCAUAAAGAAAACUUUCUCCCAUGAAAAGGGGCAUAUCUCUUUCAAGCCAUCUCUUGAUCAACAGCGAACCUGUGAAAAUUGCUCACAGUCACUCUUGGAUGGAGAUUUUAUUGUUAAAUACGAUGUGAAGAGAACAACUCCAGAUAAUCUGCAGAUUGUCAAUGGCUACUUUGUGCACUUCUUUGCACCAACGAAUCUUCCAAAGUUGCCCAAGAACGUUGUUUUUAUAAUAGAUAUCAGUGGCUCAAUGAGUGGAAGAGAAAUACAACAGACAAGAGAAGCACUUCUAAAAAUCUUAGAUGAUAUUAAAGAAGAUGACCACUUCAAUUUCAUACUGUUUGGUAGCGAUGUGCACACCUGGAAGGAAACAUUAAUCAAAGCCACUCCUGAAAAUUUGGAUGAAGCAAGAAAGUUUGUUCGGGGCAUUGAUACUGAAGGCUUGACAAAUUUAUAUGGUGGAAUGAUGAAAGGAAUUGAUAUGCUGAAGGCUGCUCAUGAAGAAAACCUUGUGCCCAAGAGAAGUGCUUCAAUAAUUAUCAUGUUAACCGAUGGCCAACCGAAUGUAGGGAUAUCAAAUACUCAGGACAUUCAGACACAUGUGAAAAAAGCCAUUGAAGGAAAGUAUACUUUAUACAAUCUUGGUUUUGGUUAUGGUGUUGAUUACAACUUCUUGGAGAAGAUGGCACUGGAAAACAAAGGAUUGGCCCGUCGGAUUUAUCCUGACUCUGAUUCAGCUUUACAACUCCAGGGUUUUUAUGAUGAGGUGUCCAAUCCUAUGCUAAUGGACGUGGAAUUGAACUACCUAGAAAAUGAAAUUGCAGACGUAACUAAAAACAGCUUUAAGCAUUUCUAUGAUGGGUCUGAGAUUGUGGUGGCUGGGCGCCUUAGAGACAUCAACCAAAACAGUUUGACAGUAGAUGUGAAAGGUGAAGGUGCUAAUGAUGCCCUAUCAUUUACUUCACACCAAGAUAAGGAGCAAACAGCUAAAGCUUUCCAAGAGCAGGAAUAUAUAUUUGGAGAUUUCAUUGAGAGGCUUUGGGCUUAUCUCACCAUUGAACAACUCCUGGAAAAACGCAUUUCAGCUACAGGAGAAGAAAAGGAGAAUCUUACAGCGGAAGCCGUGGAUCUAUCACUAAAAUACAAAUUUGUGACACCACUGACGUCCAUGGUGGUAACAAAGCCAGAAGACGACGAAAAUCAAGCAGCGAUUGCUGAUAAACCUACUGAAGCUGAAGCUCAGGCUGCCCCAGUAGUUGCACAGGCUUCACCAGUACACUAUGUGUAUGCAUCAAGCCCUACAUGGUAUACUAGUGUUGAUGGAGAUCCACACUUCAUCAUAUCAGUGCCACAAAAAGAAGAUGCCAUUUGUUUCAAUAUCAAUGAAAAACCAGGUGCUGUGUUAAGGUUGAUAAAUGAUCCAGUUACAGGCAUCACAGUAAAUGGAGAACUCAUUGGUGACAAGAAAGUAAAUAACGAUGCAAAGAUCCAAAAUACAUAUUUUGGAAAACUUGGCAUUGCAAACAAGCACCUGAAUUUAAAAGUGACAGUAACUCCUGAGAAGAUCACUAUUCAGAAUGAGACUGGAAAGACAACUUUCACCUGGCUUGACUCGGUCACGUUUCAACAAGAAAGUUUAACUUUGAUAAUUAACAAGAAAAAAAGCCUGGAGCUCUCAAUGGGCAGCGGCGCUUCGUUUGUGAUAGUUUUGCACCAAGUAUGGAAGAAACAUCCUCUGCACAAAGAUUUCUUAGGACUGUAUGCAUUGGAAAGUCAUAAACUGUCUGAACAGACGCACGGAUUAUUAGGUAUGAAUUCUUUUAGCAUCGUGAACAUGCUUUCUUUCCUUGAGGCUAAAUGAACUGCAGACACCACCUUGUACUUGCCCUUUCUGAACUGAGAAAGGGGAUAAAAUUGAGGCUAUGUUGAUUAACCAUAUUAACAUUUCUGGAAAAAUAUUCUGGGCUCAGGCUUUGUGCAAGAUGGUUUCUUAAAUUCUUCUGCUGCUGCUGAGAACAGUAACAUCUGCUGUUCUCAAGGACGUCUUCAAGACUCUACCUUGCUAAGUCCAUCCACAGACCUUUUUAAUAAUUAUUGCAUCAGUUCCCCAGUCUCUUGGAUGGAUUGUUUUCUUCCUUCAGCAUGUCCAUUUUCUACUAAAUAUAAGCGCUCUGAGAAAGUAGUGUUUGCAGAUCAGUUAAGAUGUGCCAAACCACAAUUAGUGCAUCCCUGGUAAGAAAACUAGCUGGUUUCGUAAAUGCGACGAAUGCAGGGCUGCUGUCCGUGUGUGCAGAGAUAGGAUGAGGAAAGCCAAGGCGCAGGAGCUGAACUCAGGGAGGGAUGUGA